AAGGCGCUUAGGGGCUGGCCGGGAGGCGGCGCGGCUGGGGGUGACCUGCUGCUGAAUCAGAGGGGCCGGUAACCUUAGCCCGCCGGGAACGGAUACGCCGUCCCGCGCCCGGAUCGGGUUCCCACCCAAGUUUUCCACCCGCGGCUCCGCGGCAGGACGGGCGAGAGCCGGGGCCGCGGUGACGGACGGUGGCUUGGCCGCGCACCCCGAGGAGCCGGCCGGGGGCUGCCGCAGUGCCCCCUCGCCCGGGGUCUCGGUGAAAGCCCCGCUGCCACCCCGGGUGCCCGCCGCAAUCUGGCUGGACUCAGUAAUCCUACCUGCGGCUAAUUAAAAGGGGUACAGCCCCCAGCCCACCCCCGGUGCCCCCCUGCCGUGCCGUGCCGAGCCAUCCUGUGGGGCCAGUGCGGCAGCGGCACCGGGGCAGCGCAGACGUCCCCGCGGGUGCAGCCGGCCGGCCCCGCCGCGACGCCCGGGCUCGAUAGGGCCGGGGAGCCCCCGCCGGCCCCCCGGGGGCCGCCCCACGCCGGCGGAAGAUGCCAACGAAUGGGAUCCACCAGGUCCUGAAGAUCCAGUUCGGGCUGAUCAACUGCGAGAGCCGGUACCUGACGGCGGAGAGCUUCGGCUACAAGGUGAACGCCUCGGCGCCCAGCCUGAAGCGCAAGCAGAUCUGGACGCUGGAGCAGGAUGAAGCCGACAGCUCCGUCGUCUUCCUCAAGAGCCACCUGGGCCGGUACCUGGGUGCCGACAAGGACGGGAAGGUGCGGUGCGAGGCCGAGCAGCCGGGUCGGGAUGAACGCUUCAGCAUCAUCACCCAGUCGGACGGGCGCUGGGCGCUGCAGUCGGCCCCGCACCGGCGUUUCUUCGGCGGCCGGGAGGAUCGGCUCUCCUGCUUCGCCCCCAGCGUGACGGAGGGCGAGCUCUGGACCGUGCACUUGGCCAUGCACCCCCAGGCCAACCUGCUGAGCGUCAGCCGCCGCCGCUACGCCCACCUCAGCGCCCACGAGGACGAAAUCGCCACCGACAGCAACCUGCCCUGGGGGGUGGACGCCCUCAUCACCCUCUGCUUCCAGGACAAGAAGUACAGCCUGCGCACUGCCGACGAGCGCUACCUGCGCUGCGACGGCACGCUGGUGCCCGAGCCCGGCGUCCGCACCGGUUACACCCUCGAGUUCAAGGCGGGCAAGUUGGCUUUCAAGGACUGCGACGGCAAAUACCUGGCACCCACGGGGCCCACCGGCACCCUCAAAUCCGGCCGCAGCUCCAAGCCGGGCAAAGACGAACUCUUUGACCUGGAGGAGAGCCAUCCCCAGGUGGUCUUCACGGCGGCCAACGGCAGAUACGUCUCCAUCCGGCAGGGCGUCAACGUCUCGGCGAACCAGGACGAGGAGCUGAACCACGAGACCUUCCAGCUCCAGAUCGACCGCGACACCAACAAGUGCAGCCUGCACACCAACACCGGCAGCUACUGGACCCUCGUGGCCCAUGGGGGCAUCCAGGCCGUGGCCACCGAAGUCGCUGCCAACACCAUGUUCGACAUCGAGUGGCGCGGGCGGCGGGUGGCCCUGCGUGCCAGCAACGGCCGGUACGUCUGCACCAAGAAGAACGGGCAACUGGCGGCCGUCAGCGACACUGUGGGGGAGGACGAGGAGUUCACCCUGAAGCUGAUCAACCGCCCGAUGCUGGUGCUGCGGGGCGAGCACGGCUUCGUCUGCUACCACCGUGGCUCCAACCUGCUCGAUUCCAACCGCUCCGUCUACGACGUCUUCCACAUCAGCUUUAGUGACGGCGCCUACCAGAUCCAAGGCCAGGGGGGCAAGUUCUGGUACGUGGCGAGCAGCGGGUCGGUGUGCAGUGAUGGGGAACUCUCCGAGGAUUUCUUCUUCGAGUUCCGGGAGCGGGGACGCAUGGCCAUCAAAGGGAAGAACGGCCGGUACCUGCGCGGGGACCCGGCCGGCACCCUGCGGGCUGACAGCGAGUCCGUGCUGCGGGCCACGCUCUGGGAAUACUGACCUGCCUGGCACCGGCAGGCAUCCCCCGCCGCGGCAUCCCCCAGCCCGCCUCACUCCCAGGCUGGCCGGGGACGCUAGUUCGUUCCCAGGCAAAGGAUGGCGGUGGAGCCGGCGCUGGCACCAGCCACGGCAGCUGUGUCCCUGACCCCCUCGACUCACGGCAUUAAAGUCAGUCUGGACCACA